AUGAAUGCCAUAAAUUUAUUCUCACUUAUUUUAGUUCAUGCUUUACUAGCUCAAGCUGGUUCAGACUUUAGUGCUUGUUUGUCUAGUAGUAUAUAUAGCACACUAUCAUCGUAUGUUGCUAAUAUAGCUGAUAAACAAAGCUUUUGCUGUUCUAGUACUCAGUGCGGUACUAAAUCACCAACCUGUCCUUUUAUUUUGGAAUCUCUUGAUGGUCAAUGUAUUAAAGUUGGACAAUCGAAAGUUUGUGUUGUUCAGGGUCUUUAUUUUGGUCUUCCAGGUGAUGAAUGUGGUGGAAUCAUAGGAACAACAUCACCGACUAACAUUACUGUCGGUACUUGUCCUAGUUAUGACGCAAUAGGAAACGCUUUGGUUGGGUCAGCAACAGCUCCUACUUUAGUUGGUUAUGUUGUGAUAGCGGAUAAUGGUGGUUGGUCAUGUACUGGUUCUAUUGGAUCUGUAAUUGCUGAUCUUACUCAAGCAAUCGGGGACUGCACAUUGCAAUUAUUAUUACCAAUACUCUUUAAUCGUGUGAAUGGUAAAUAUGUUGGUGAAAUAGAAUUUAGAGUAAUCACUGCCAUCGUUAUUGAUGAAACUCGUAAAAUUGAUUUCAGCAUCAUCUUGAGUGAUUAA